UUGCAACAUUAACACCAUCCAAAUACAAAAAUUCUAAUAGCAAUAUUUAAGUAAAGUUAUAAGAAUGUCAUCUCGAGUGAUGAAAAACCUCCUCGCAAUGCUUGAGGCUGAAGAAGCCGAAGCACCAAAAUACGAAAACUAUGGUACUGCAAACGCGUUUAACAACCGUGGUGGCGGGAACCAAGAUUUCUCCGGUGCCAGAAUCAACAGCGGUGCCAAUUCCGGGGACCGAAAGAAGUACCGCACCACCAACAAUGUUGGAGGUCGCACCGUAAAUAACAGUGGUACUUUCCAUGGUAAUGGCAAUGGAGGGUAUACUGAGGGUAACUCUGAUGCAUCCACCAAGAACUAUAAGUUUUAGUUGUAUUAUAUUAUAUGUAUAUGUGAUCUUAAAUAUGCUAUAUGCAAGUAAUAAUGAAAUUGAAGCUAUAUAUAGUUUCAAUUGAUGUAUGUUGAUGUAUAGGAGGUUUAAAAUAAAGGCACUAGUGUCCCUAUAAUAAAUCUCCAUAUGUUUUAAUGGUUGCUAUUAGUAUUUUCUUUUA